CCCCACCAUGUGUGCCCCAGCCCUCCCGGACAAUCCUGCCCCAGCUGGAGGCUGAGGACCCCUGUAUGAGUCACGGACGGGGCGGCGGUGUGGGGGGAGGGUGUUGCUGUUUCUGUUUCAUUUCUGUGGCUGGGAUAUCUGGUUUCGUUUCUGCUAGUGCUGCUCAUGGGGAGUGAGCCACACAGCAUAUAAGAGGGAAGCGGAGAAGGACGGGAUGACUCUCCCGGUGUGCGUUGAGGAGGCACGGAGAGCUUGUCGGGCAGACGCAGUGCUGAGCAACGGGCAGCACUCCCACCAGCUCUGACUCAGUGACGGCUAAUGUCUAAGGCCCACGCUUCUCGGCCAUACCAGAGGCGCAAGAUGUUUUGUCCCCAACAGCAACCAAAAAAAGAACUGAAUUUCUUCCACCAGCAGCCCCCGCCACCCGGCGAGGCAGCAGGAUACAUGAUGUGUCCCCCGAACGGUCAGGUCAGAGGGCAGGAUCCAGCUUAUCUCAUCAAGGGGUUCCACUCACUGGCACUGAACCCUCAGCAGCCAGAAGGAAGCAGGGGCCAACAGAAGGCAAAGGGCCCCGAGCACAGCCUGGCUAGCCAGUACGAGGAGAAGGUGCGCCCCUGCAUCGACCUCAUCGACUCCCUGCGGGCGCUGGGCGUGGAGCAGGACCUGGCCCUGCCCGCCAUCGCCGUCAUCGGGGACCAGAGCUCGGGCAAGAGCUCCGUGCUGGAGGCUCUGUCGGGCGUCGCCCUCCCCAGAGGCAGCGGGAUUGUGACCAGGUGCCCGCUGGUGCUGAAGCUGAAGAGGCAGCCACACGAGAGCACGUGGAGGGGGAAGAUCAGCUACCGCAAGACGGAGCUCCAGCUCCAGGACCCCUCCCAGGUGGAGAAGGAGGUCCUCAAAGCCCAGAACACCAUAGCUGGGAAUGGAGUUAGCAUCAGCCAUGAGCUCAUUAGUCUGGAGAUCACCUCCCCUGAGGUUCCGGAUCUGACCCUCAUUGACCUUCCCGGCAUCACCAGGGUACCUGUGGGAAACCAGCCCCAGGACAUUGGACUGCAGAUCAAGGCACUCAUCAAGAAGUACAUCGAGAAGCAACAGACGAUCAACUUGGUGGUGGUCCCCUGCAACGUGGACAUCGCCACCACAGAGGCACUGAGCAUGGCUCAGGAGGUAGACCCUGAUGGAGACAGGACCAUAGGUAAGAAGAGAGAACCAAGCUUGCAGAGGACAGGAAGGAAGGGGGAGACUUCUCAUAUAUUUAGAAGGUUCCGGAGUGUAGCACUAUUAAAGACAAGUUCUACUCCCCGCAGAAGCUCCAUGAGCUCAGGGCGCCUUCACACACUGCAGAUGGCAGUCUCCCCUCAGUCAGGGUGAGGGGUGUGGCCAGAAUUUGGAGGUUCUUCGUCCUCCUUCCUCUUGGCCCUCAUUUGCGUUCACAACCCCUUCUGGAUCGGGGGCAAGAACUGCCUUGUCUGCUCUCCCAUAAUUAUCUGGAAAGGAGAAAGUGACCGGCGCAUCAGCCCUACCAUUCCACAGGUAAAGGUCUUGGGACCUGCUGGUACAUGGAAAGGGCCUUCAUCAGGCCCCAGUGAACAUUCUACUGGGCUGAUGUUGGGGUGCGAGAGUCUGCAGCGUUGGUAUUCAAGCAGAAGUCUUCGUGGGGAGCUGGAUUCUCUUAAAUUUCUUCUAAAAAAAAAAAGUCACCCUGGGACUUGUUAUAGGGAACUUGGUUUAAGGGUGCACACAGUCUGGGUUUGAAUCCUUGUUCUAGCCCUUACUGGCUACAAAGCCUUGGGUAAUAUAUUUAACCACUCCUGGCCUCACUGUCUUCAUCCAUGAACUGUUAUCACAGUCACACCUAUGUGUUGGGUGGUUGGGAGGAUUCCAUGAAGAAAUAUCGUAUAGGAUGGUCCUUGGGGCUAUGCAUGUAGUAUUUUCUCAGCAAAUGAGAGCUGCUAUUUUUUUAUUAGUAAUAUCAUCACUCAACAUCACUUCGUCACCAGUCAUUCCACCUACCCAGAGAGUUGACCCUCCUGAAACUUUGCAGGUCAUGUCCCUGACAAAAUGCAAACUCGGCAUACAAUUGCCUUUCCCUUUUCUUCCAAAAUAAACGCCUGGUUUCCCAGUAAGGAUAGAAAUGAAUAUUAGGGGCAUAGACGUCAAGCAUAACGUUUCACUCUGUGCUAGAUCACCCUCGUGCCCUGUUAGCUGUCGACUUCUGCAAGCAUCACCAACACACCGACCCAGAGAGAACACUCAGGCUUUGGGUCACUGCUCAUUGUAGCUCUGUGCUCUUUGUCCUCUCUUGAUCCCAAGUCAGGAAGGAUGUCUCACUGGUGACCACAGUAGGUAACAUCAUCUAUCUCAUAGGGUCAGCUAUCUGGAUAUUGAUAUGUUUAUAGAACGGGGGCGACCAGGAGUUAGUGGGUGAGUACAGAGCUUCAGUUCUGCAAGAUGAAGUGAAUCCUAUUGGGUAUUGGGGGGGGGGGCGUGGUUCACAACCGUGAGGAUCCCGAAUGCCGCUGAACCAUCCACUUUAAAAUGGCCCAAACGGUAACUUUUAUGUGAUGUAGAUUUUACCACAAUUUUUAAAGAUACACGAUUUUUAAAAACAGGUUAACCGAAGAUGGAGUGAAGGAGGAAACAUCCUAUUUUCAUUAGUUAAAUUAUUCUCUUGCACACACGAGUUAUGUGUAUUUUGCCACAUUUUUUAAAAAAGAGAACUGAACGCCUAUCUAUAUAGUACUUCCAAAGGGUGAAAAGAGAACAAGGCUGAUGACUAAGAGUAGUGGUUUACAUAAUGCCAAGGUUCAGAAAGAACCGGGAGCUGGUACAUUUGCAGGUUGUCCGCGAGCCGGUCCCCCCGCCCCACAGCUAGAUGCCCACUGUCCACUCAGCCAGCAGAUUGUCCGCGAGGCUGGUCCUCCCCCACCACCCAAAGCUAGAUGCACACUGUCCACUCAGCCAGCAGGUUGUCCACGAGGCCGGUCCUCCCCCGCCACCCAAAGCUAGAUACACACUGUCCACUGAGACAGCAGGUUGUCCGCGAGGCUGGUCCCCCCGCCCCACAGCUAGAUGCCCACUGUCCACUGAGCCAG